AUGCUUAAACUCUCAAACUCUUUCGAUGAGUGUGUCAUCCCUGCAACUGAUGAGAAGCUUACUAAAGAAGACUGGGCGUUGAUGAGUGUUGUAUGUGAGAAAGUGUAUAAGGCUGGUGACCAAGGAGCUCGAGAUUGUAUCUCAUCCAUUCAAAAACGAUUGAUUCAUCGAAAUGCCAACGUUCAACUAUAUGCUUUAACAUUAACCAAUACUCUUGUUAAAGAAUGUGGGAUCAGUAUUCAUAAAGAAGUCUGUUCACGCGCGUUUACAUCAACUUUAACAAAAAUGUUAAAUGAUAGGAAUACCCACGAUGUGGUAAAGAACAGAAUACUUGACCUGAUUCAAGAAUGGUGCUCUGAAUUUCGUUCAAACCCAUCGUUAAGUAUUAUGGAAGAAACUUAUAGGCAAUUGCGAUCGCAGAAUUUCCAAUUUCCACCUCAGAAACCUCAAAAAGAACCAAAUGAAGACAAAGGUCUUCCUCAACCACCUAGUGUUUCUCGGGUUAGAGCAUUAUAUGACUUUCGUCCAACCGAGAGUAAUGAACUCGGAUUCUCCUGUGGAGACAUUAUUAAUGUUAUAGAUAAUGUAUAUAAGGAUUGGUGGAAAGGAGAGCUACAUGGAAAAACUGGUAUUUUCCCGGUGAAUUACGUGGAAAAAAUAUCUGAUCCAUCACCAGUAGAUAUUGCGAAGGAACUCGAAAUGGAAGUAAAUGUUUUUUCACAAGGUAAAAACAUUGAACGCCUUCUAGAGCUGCUCGAAUCGUUUGAUCCACAAAAGGAUAGUGUCACGACAAAUGAAGAUAUCCAGAAUUUGUACAAUGAAACAGUACCAAUCAGACCUAAAUUGACAAUACUAGUUGAGAAGUAUACCAAAAAGAAAGAUUAUUUAAUUGAGCUGCACACAAAAUUCACCAAAGCAAUUAGUACCUAUGAGCAGCUCAUGAAUGAUUCAUUUUCAAGAUACACUAACCCGAAGCCAAUUCAUCCGGGUUACAUCACACCACAAGGUUAUGUAGCGCCAAACUCGACUUUCAUAGGAGGAUAUCCAAAUUCAUCGCAACAAAUCUAUAGUGCACCGAAUCCGGUAGAUUCUACAAUUUCAUAUAACCAGCAUACAGACCAGCAACAACAACAAAAUGUAUAUCAAGCACAGCAAUAUUAUCCCAUGGGUCACCAAAACGGAUAUCCACCUAAUCAACAAUCUCAAUAUGGGUCUCAAGCUCCGCAACAACAAUAUCAACAAUCUCAAUAUGUGAACCCACAAGACCCUACACAGCAAUAUCAACUGCCUCAAUAUAUGAACCCACAAGAUCCUACACAACAAAUGCCACAACAACCACAAUAUAUGAACCCACAGGAUCCUACACAACAAGUGCCACAACAACCACAAUAUAUGAACCCACAGGAUCCUACACAACAA